AAAUCGACGGCCAUUGUUGAUUCUUCCCCUGAACCGGAAGGGGUCUAUUUGUAGUAAAAAGUUGUGAAGAUGGGCUUGUCGGAGGACGGAGAAGAAGCCGUGGAGCGGCGAUUUGAAGAAAUAUGUCUAGAUUUGAACAUGGAUAAACAUCCACGGGAAGAAUCGUGGAACAACUACAGAAAGAUUCGUGAAAAUUACACAUUGGAAGGAGAUCAGCUUCACUGGCUGGCAUGUGCACUGUACGAGGCUUGCAGGCGUAGCGUCGUGCCGACAGUGGGGAAGGGAACGAUAGAGGGCAACUGUGUCUCCCUAACCAGACUGCUUCGCACCGCAGGAAGAUUCAGUUUAAUCCAGUUUUUCAACAAAAUGAAGAAGUGGGCAGACAUGGCCAACCUUCCCCAAGAAUUCAGAGAUAAAGUAAACAGACUUGAAAGAAACUUUGCAGUGUCUACAGUGAUCUUCAAGAAAUUUGAACCCAUUUUCCUGGAUAUCUUCAGGAAUCCUUUAGAUGAACCUCCAAAACAAAACAGAAGCAGGAAGCAAAGGAGACUGCCUUGUUCCUCGACGGAUGUUUUUAACUUCUGUUGGACAAUGUUUGUGCAAGUCAAAGGAAAUUUUCCUGCUAUUAGUGAUGACCUGGUCAAUUCCUAUCACCUCCUGCUGGCCUGUAUUGACUGGUUCUUUGCAAACGCUCUUCUUGGAGGCAGAAAAGAUUUACUGAAUGCAGAAUUUACUGGUUUACCCGACAGCUACCACUCCAAGGACUGGAAGCCCCCAACAGAGCCACCCUGUAUAAUCAAAUUGCUGUGUGAGAAACAUGAGGGACUGGAGCUAGAGGCCAAGGUUAUUAAGGAACACUGGUGGAAACCUCAUAUUAGAAAACUAUUUGAUAAGAAGGUAUUAAAGGGAAAACCAGACUCAUUAUCAGCAAUAUUGGAAAUUGGAAACUUUGAAGCAAACAGUAUUGCUAUCAACCAAAGUUAUGAAGAGUUUCCUUUACGAUACAGCAGUAAAACGAUAAACAAUCAGUAUGAGGAGUAUGUCCUGAGUGUUGGAGAUUUUGAUGAGCGGAUAUUCCUUGGAGAUGAUGCAGAUGAAGAGAUCGGAACCCCUGCGAGGGCCUCGGAAGAGGUCACAGGAGAGUUUUCAGAGAGGAUGAAUGUAAAGAAUAAUCUCCAACAACAUUUUGAAGAAACGAGAAGUCUGGCCCCUCUCACACCUCUAACUGGAAGACGAUACCUUAAGGAAAAGGACCACAGUAUUACCCCAGUAUCCACAGCAACUCAGAGUGUCGGCCGACUCCAACAUCUCCUGUCUGGACGUAAAACUGGACCCAGCGAAGAACUUUUGCAAUUCUUUCAAGAAUGCAAAAAAGAUCCCAACGAUUCCAUUGUUCCACGGUUAAAAGAGAUGGGUGAUGUUUUUUGCAGUCAUUAUGUGCAGCCCACAGAGGAUCACCCUGGUGCCCACAUCGACUUUGCCAAGCGUCGUCUCCAGCUGGGCGAGAGCCUAUACUUCAAAACCUUGGAAAGCAUUAUACUGUCCGAGAGGAAGCGCAGGCAAGGCAGUAAAGAAGGAAUGGCAGCAAUUUCCGCAUUGCUGGAACAGGAUAUGUUUCACAGAUCACUGAUUGCUUGCUGCUUGGAAAUCGUAAUAUUCUCAUACAACUCUCAGAGGAUGUUUCCAUGGAUAGUGGAAAUAUUUGAGCUGAAUGCCUACCACUUCUACAAGGUUGUAGAGAUCAUCAUCAGGGCAGAGGAAGGUCUUUCCCGGGACAUGGUCAAACAUCUCAAUCAUAUUGAAGAAAGUAUUUUGGAGUGUCAUGCCUGGAGGAAUGAAUCACCUCUCUGGGACACCAUUAAAGACCAAAAUAACACGGUCCCAGCUUGUGAAGAGGUGAUUUUACCAAGUCAGCUGGAAUCUGUACAAGCAAAUUCUCCAAUGGUGCACCCUGCUGUGAAAAGACUGGUGGAUGAAGGGCGUAGUGGACAGCAGCAACAGCAGCAGCAACCAUCAACGACUCUGAAAGAUUCACUGCCCUCCCCUCCUGGAGCCACUACUAUGGCGAGUGAUCGGUUUAUUAGCUCUCCCUCCCCUGGAAGUGCCAAGAGGCGUCUUUUUAUUACGAAGCAUUCUGUGACCAGCCACCUGGAGAAGGAAGGGUCGGAGACUAACACUUCAACAACUACAACGACUUCAACCUCCUCCCCUGUACCUACACAGAUCAUAGCAUUCCAACAGGCACAGACUGAGGAUGGUCGACAGGUGCUGAUACCUGUACAUACCAUUUUACCCCAGAAAAGCUCUAACGCGGGAACCUCGACUACAGGCUCCACCACACCAGCCAAGAACACCACAUCCACACAGACACCGACCAACAAACCAAAGAAAACAGGCUCUCUGGCACUCUUCUUUAGGAAGAUGUACCACCUGGCUAGUGUGAGACUGAGAGAUUUAUGUGACCGACUGCAAGUGGACGAUGACGACCUCCGACAGAAGAUGUGGACCUGUUUUGAGCACACGCUUGUCCAUCAUACUGAACUGAUGAUGGACCGUCACAUAGAUCAGAUGAUCAUGUGUUCAAUAUAUGUGAUGGCCAAGGUGACCGAUCACCCUCAGUCUUUCCAAAAUAUCAUGAAGUGUUACAGACUUCAACCACAGGCACAAAGUCAUGUAUAUCGAAGUGUGCUGAUCAGUGGAAGGCGGCGACGGACGUCGGGCAGCAGUGACAGCAGUAAAAAUGGAACCAGUGGCUCGUCUUCACCAGUUCCAGAAAUUAAGGAGGAAAUGGCGACAAAAAAAAAAGGAGAAAUACGUUCCUCGAGUACUUUACCUGUACCCCACCCAAGUAGUCACCCUCCCACACCCACACGCCUACUUACUACAGGGCCAGGCUUUGAUUUAGGGGAGGAGCGAGGAGAUCUCAUCAUGUUCUAUAACAUGGUUUAUGUAGGAAGCAUGAAGAAAUUUGCUAUGAAGUUUUCUUCACAAAGUCAAUCUGAGGACUGCCCACCGCUGUCGCCACUACCAAUGUCCAAAGUCCAUCCUUCGUCACCUCGCCGUGUGUCUGGUAACCACUGUGUAUAUAUAUCGCCCCACAAGCUCACAAACAACCUUCCCAGUGAGAGGAUGUUGUACUGCUUUCAGAAGAGUCCAGCAAAGGACUUGCGUGCAAUAAACAGAAUGAUCAAGAUGAAAGAGAAUACAUCUUUCCUUGGUAAAAGGAUACUUAAUGUUGAUAAAGACAAUGAAGGACCUAGUCCAGCCAAACAAAUAUAUCAGGGUAUUUCACUAAUGCGACGUCUACAGAACCUCAACAGUGACCGACAGGAGAAUGCUCAGUGACAUACCAUGCUAGUGGGAGAAAUGUCUAGAGCCCGGGAGGGAGAAAGUAGUGCUGUGAUGAUGGAAGUUUUGCAAGACAUUAAACACAAUGAUGUUGCUUUCUCUUCUGUGUAUAUUUCUAUUCUGUCAAUAGUUUUAAUUUGUUGAAAGAUUCCCAAAUUGUCUUCCCAACACAAUUCAGGAUGAUUUGUAUCUAGAAAUGACCAAACAAGUGUUAAAUGUCAUUUUCUCUCCCAGAGCUCACUGAUUUUAUGAAACAAUAGGGCAGUUUUGAAUGUUUACUAGGAAGUAUUCAAUGGGAGAUAUCUAUGUAUUUGGUAAAUCAUUAUAUUUGUCAAGCAUUUACACAAAUGGUACUGUGAUUGUACAGCCGACAAAAGUGAAUUAAGACUAUUUACCAGUAUCUGUUGUCUGUGUUGUUGGGUGUUACUGAAGAAUACUUUGUUUAUAAAGGGCUGGGGUUUGGGUUCAAUGAUGAUGAAAAGAUUUUUUCAUUGAUGAAGGAAAUUUAACUCUUUCUCUUUUUCUGAUGAAAUUAAAAACUGGGAAGCCUGUAAGACUAAAUGUUUUAUUUUUAAAGGUGCGGGAGGGGUUUGCAAUCCCUUUUUGCAUCAAUUCAUCACAAUGAAAAGAUUUGCAUAUCAUGAAAUUUUCGUUUUUGAUGAAAUUCAAAUAAUCUUGGGUCAAAUUUAUGCAGCUGUAAUUUUCAACUUUAAAAUUAAUAGCCAACUUUGAAAUGGUCGAAGUUUUGUGCUCUUUUGCAUGAUCAUGAUUGUUGUUUUUUUUUUUAAAUUGUAUUAUUUUCACGUGAUUUGAUCUCUUAUUGACCAUCAUUUUCUGGUCAUGACUGUAUAAUUUGUAGAUGUAUAUAUGUAUAGGCUUUGUACAUAAAAUAUCCAACCUGUACAUUUUGAAGACUGAAUAUAUAUAUAUACAAACAAUCCUUUAAACUUGUGUGGUGCAAGAUGCACAAUGACUGUGAUACAAAGUAAAAUUUUAAUAGGAGUUUUGAUAAUUAUAUAUUGUAUAAUUUAAUUUUUAAGAACUUGAUAAGUGUACAACAUACUGAAGACUUGUUUGUAGAUUUAUAUACAUUUACUGAACCACUGGAUGGCAAGACAGAGGAUUGGAGAGUGACUGAACUCAAAAUUGUAAAUAGUCUAUAUGGCACCACCCUUCAUCAGACAAUGGUGUGUGUUGGUGGUUCAAAGUGAUUUUAUUUUGAACAGAUUUUCAUUUAAAAACUGUUCUCAGAAAUAUUCAAGUGGCAACUUAAAAUGUCCAAAAUACUUACGGUACAUAUGGAAUAUGAAAGUAAAACUAUUGAAUUUCUGGGGGGAAAUUGAAAUAUAUUGUUUGAAGACUGAAAAUAUGUUUAAAAGUGAGGUUUUGCGACUACCUGGUGGCUCAUGUGAUGAUUUACUGUUACAAGGAUGUUUGGUACUGAUGACUGAAAGUAGAAAUCAUUUUAACUGUUCAUUGUGCAGCUGAUAAGAAUAUGCAAACAAAUAGUUUAUAAAAACAGGAAAUAAUUUGAUGAAAUGAAACUGGCGAUUACAGUUCUAAUUGUAGAUGUCAUAUCUGAAGCUAUGGAUUGGCCGUUGAUAUAUUGAUGAAUUUAAACUUCUUUAUUGAUUUGCUUUUUUGUACUAGUGUACACUAUUUAAAACAAUAAGUUUUAUAUCUAGGCAGCAAGACUUGUUUAGGUUACAUGGAGCGAACUUGUCACCCGAUAAAAGUUUCAUGCAAAGGAGUAAACUCUUGCAGUUUUACAAAAUAGCUCUACAAGAGUAUUAACAAGUGUAGGUUCCAUUAUGCAGUAUAAGUUUGGUGCAAGGGAGCAAACUCUUUCAGUUUUACACAAAAGCUCUACGAGAGUAACAAGUAUAAGUUCCAUGGAUCAAACUUGUUAACGCAGUUUAAGUUUCAAGCAAGGAGUUUCGAGCAAGGGAGCAAACUCUUGCAGUUUUACAGAAUAUCUCUUCAAGGGUAACAAUAUUUUAAAGGACCAGUUUGUUUUAUUUAAUGAUUUUAAUAUGCAUGUAUAGUGCUUUUACAUUUAUUUAAUGGGAAAAGGAGAAUUUUCCAACUUAGAUACUUCUUAAUGAUCAGGAAGAUUGUAAUUAUAGGGCUUUGUGGACAGGAACUUGGAUAAUUAGAUAGCAAAUCAUCACCAGUCACAAGAAAAGUGAGAAAAUAAAGCAACACCAUAUCCAUUCCUUGUUAUCAUGGUUGUUAUUUCACUCUGAAAUACAGUUUUCCCAAAAUAACUCAAUUGUCAAAUGACAAUUGGCCGUAAACAAUACAAUACAGUUUCCAUAAAUUCACUAGUAGUCUGAAUGGCAUAAUCAACCUUUGCUUGAUUAGAAAUUUUGAAUGAAAUGAUGUAAGAAUUUAUUAAGGUUUGCAGACAUCUCCAUUUGAUAACAAAUAUUGAAGGAUCAUUCACUUAGAAUAAAUUUAAAAAGAUAAAUUUAGAGGAAUUACUUGAUAAUUUUUUCCACACAAUUUCUGGAAUUAAAACUCACUGUAAUCCAGAAUACUGCUGUAUACAAGAACAUUGGCAAGGGUAAAUUAAAUGGUUUAAUUUAAUGAUUUUACAAGCAUGGUAUUAGGUAGUAUGCAGAAGGCUCACACAUAUGUUAAGUUGAAAUCUUAUUUCUAUUUCUCAAUACUGACCCUGUAGUGAGUAUUUUCAAGCAUAUUUGUUUUUAUUGUUGCCAAAUGAUCCAUUUAACUUUGAUUGUACAUAGUGUGUGUGGGUAAAUUGAUAUACAGAAUAUUGUAUGAAAGGCUCCACUAUAAAUAAAAGAAUACAAUGUGAAACAAAAUCAUGAUAUUGUAGUCAAAAAUAAAUCUUUUCAACACCUG